AUGACUUUGAUGGAGAAUAUUUCUCAGGUGACUGAAUUCAUUCUUGUGGGGUUAACAGAUGCCAAGAAGAUGCAGAUGCCUUUAUUUUUAAUCUUUACUCUCAUCUACUUCUUCACUCUGGUGGGCAACCUGGGCCUGAUCCUGUUGAUUCUGUUGGACUCUCGACUCCACACUCCCAUGUACUUUUUCCUCAGCAACCUCUCACUGGUGGACUGUGUUUACUCCUCAGCUGUCACCCCCAAGGUCCUGGUGGGGCUUCUCCCAGGGGACAAGGUUAUACCCUACAACGCGUGUGCAGCCCAGAUGUUCUUCUUUGCAGCCUUUGCUACCACUGAAAGUUUCCUUUUGGCCUCCAUGGCCUAUGACCGCCAUGCUGCUGUGUGUAAACCCCUGCAUUAUACCACCACCAUGACAAGUACCGUCUGCAUCUUGCUUAUAACUGGUUGCUACAUCUGUGGAUUCUUGCAAUCAUCCAUCCACACUGUCUUCACGUUCCACCUCUCCUUCUGCCAUUCCAAUGUUGUUAAUCACUUUUUCUGUGACAUUCCUCCACUGCUGGACCUCUCUUGCUCUGACAUCACCACAAAUGAGAUUGUGCUCUUCACAUUGGCAGCUUUCAAUGUCUUUUUCACUCUCUUAGUUAUCUUGAACUCUUACCUAUUCAUUUUUGCUGCUAUUCUGAGGAUGCACUCAGCUGAGGGACGGAAGAAGGCCUUCUCCACCUGUGCAUCUCACCUAACCGCUGUUUCUAUCUUCUAUGGGACAAUUAUUUUCAUGUACCUACAGCCCAGCUCCAGUCAUUCCAUGGACACAGACAAAAUGGCAUCUGUGUUCUACACUGUAAUCAUCCCCAUGCUGAACCCUUUGGUCUACAGCCUGAGAAACAAAGAGGUCAAGAAUGCUUUUAACAAGGUGGUAGGAAAAGCAAGGUCUUCACUGAGCCUAAUCUUCUAA